UACUCGUUUCUAUGACCAAGCGUGUACAUAAAACACGCCGUGUUUCUGUUAGCCAUUUAUCCUUUGAGACGACUCAUAUUUCCCCCCACUUCCCCGUGUUUCACAGUCUGAAUGAGGAAUAAAUACAAUUCAGUAUAGCCAUGUCAGUUUCCGAGCCACCGUCAGUGGACUCUGGCGGAACGGGAGGGUAUGGAGCCUUUUACCCGGCGGGAUACCAGGCGUUGAACCCGGAGGAGCGCGGCCUAGACCGCGGCUUCCGACUCACGGCCUUUUCCGAUAUGAAAGGAUGAGGGUGUAAAGUCCCGCAGGAGACUCUGCUCAAACUCCUGCAGGGACUAGAGCCUGACCGCCCGCCCGGAGAGGACGGCGGCUCGGGUACGGGUGUUGGAGACGAGACCGCUGACUUCGGCCAACUUGUUUCAGUUCCACAGGGUCCUCGACUAGGUAUUGGAAUGGACUCAUGUGUGAUCCCUCUGAGGCAUGGAGGUCUGUCCCUGGUUCAAACCACAGAUUUCUUCUAUCCUUUAGUGGAGGAUCCUUACAUGAUGGGACGAAUUGCCUGUGCAAAUGUUCUUAGUGAUCUGUACGCCAUGGGCAUCACAGAGUGUGACAAUAUGCUCAUGCUUCUCAGCGUCAGUCAAAAGAUGAAUGAGAAGGAGAGAGAGCAGGUGAUGCCUUUAAUGAUGAAGGGCUUCCGUGAUGCUGCGGAGGAGGGCGGGACUUCAGUAACCGGGGGACAAACGGUCAUCAAUCCCUGGAUCAUCAUUGGGGGCGUGGCCUCUGUUGUGUGCCAGCCCAACGAUUUCAUCAUGCCUGACAGUGCUGUACCUGGAGAUGUGUUAGUUCUCACUAAACCUUUGGGAACUCAAGUAGCAGUGAAUGCCCAUCAGUGGCUGGAUAUACCUGAGAAAUGGAAUAAGAUAAAGUUGGUGAUUUCCAAGGAGGAGGUGGAGCAAGCUUAUCAGGAGGCUAUGCUCAAUAUGGCCACCCUCAAUCGCACUGCUGCAGCCUUAAUGCACAAAUUUAAUGCACAUGCUGCCACGGACAUAACAGGCUUUGGGAUCAUAGGUCAUGCACGGAAUCUCGCCCAGCAGCAGAGAAAUGACGUUGCCUUUGUCAUACACAACCUUCCCAUUAUCUCCAAAAUGGCCGCAAUCAGCAAAGCUGGUGGCAACCUGUUUGGCCUCUUGCAGGGCACCUCUUCUGAAACAUCAGGUGGUCUGUUGAUCUGCUUGCCACGGGAGCAGGCUGCCCGGUUUUGCGCCGAGAUGAAAUCCAGUCGUAUGGGUUUGUCGGGAGCAGUGGGGCAGGAUGGAGGGGUGGGCGAUGGGCAACAGGCUUGGAUCAUUGGCAUCGUGGAGAAGGGCAAUCGCUGCGCCCGUAUCAUCGACAAACCUCGGAUCAUAGAGGUCCCGUACCGUGGCUCUGUGGUCAGCGUGCAGGAGGGGAGCAACAAUAAUGCCAGUCCUCCUGAGGUGCAGCAGACGUAACAACUCCACUACGCCACGCAGGGUCUCUCAGUGAUCAUUACUCUUUACCCUUGACCCUCACUAUGUCCUCGUUGGAAAUGAUAGAUUUGAAUGUGUGCUCAUAACAGACAUGGUGUUUGUGAAGGACGGAGUAUGUGUGGUUACUCUUGCUGUCCAUUCCGUCCCCCUGUUCAACCAAAGGGUUGAGAGCAACAGACCAAAAAUAUUUUAAAUGACCUGGUGGGAGAUGGAAUGGACAACAAGCAAACAUAUUUUCAUCUCUCGUUCUCUUCUCCAACUCAUUCUUUCAAACACACACACAUUUUCCUGGUUUAGCUAUUUUUCAAUGUUUAUCAACUAUUCUUAAAAAGGAUAGCUCACCCAAACCAUUAAAAUAUAACUUUAGUAAUUAACACUUAUGUUGCUUUAAAUCUGUAUGCUGCUAUAUGUUCAUUUUUAUUUUAUUUUUGUUUUUGAGAAACGCAAAAGGAGGAAUUUCAGGCAGACAAUUUUCUAUAAAACAUCAUGAAAGUGGUCCUUUUUUAUUUUGAAGCCACUGCAAAAAGUGAUUUUUUUUUCUUACUCAGUAUUUGUCUUAUUUUCCAGUACAAAUAUCUAAUCAUUCUUAAAUGAAGAAACAUUUUCUUGAGAAGCAAAAUGCAAUCUUGUUUAUGAAAAAAUGUAUCAAAAUGAAAUGAAUUUAUGCUUAAAACAAAAAUAAAUGUUAAUGGGGUAAGAAAAAUAACCUUUUUUUCCCCUUUGAAAUAAGUGUAGUUUGCCAAUAUAUUUUUCUUGCUUUAAGUUUGAACCCACUUAAUUUUGAUACAUUUUUUCAGAAAACAAGACACAAAAUCUUAUCUUUGUGCUUCUUAAGUCAAUGUAUGAAUGCUUAGAUAUUUGUCUGGAAAGAUUUUCUGAGUAAGAAACUAAACAGACAAAAGUUAACUUGAGGAAGUGAGUAAUUGUAGUUAUAUGGGAAAAGGCUCAUAAUUCUGCUUUUGCGUUCCUCUGAAAACGGCAUACAGGAUUGGAGCAUAAGGGUGAUUAAUUAAUGACAUAAAAUUGGCUUUUUUUUUUUUUUUUUUAGUGAACUAUUCCUUUUUGUAGAAAAUGUUUGACUGAAAAUAUUUUUUGAAACUACUUUUUUUGUUGUUGUUGUUGCAGAAAUGAGUUUGAAACCAUAUUCAGAGCUUAAUUAUUUCUGCUUGAUGAGGUGGAGUCUUUGAGACCUCACACUAAAAUGAAGCCGGGUUUACUAAGAAAACAUUCCAAUGAGUUCCUGAUCAAUCAGACGCUUUGAAUAGCAAAUAUCCUAAAUGACAAUCAAACGUGUUUUCUUUCAAGCCAUUCGACAAACUCGUGUCAAAGUUAAACACACUCACACCAAUGUAUACUGGGGCCUGAGUAAUCAUAAAUGUUGGCUUAAUUAAGAUAUUUAAUGGUACAAUCAAUAUUUAUUUUGUCAAAGAUUUAAAUGCAGUUAUCCAAAUUUCAAGUGUUUUUUAGGUGGUGUUUAUCUUCUACUGUUCCAAUCAGUCUAAUUCAUGCACCUGUUUUAAUAGGACAUUCUUGUAACAUUGACAUUCGUCUGGUAAAAUUAGGUUAUAAUGUUCUUUCUUGUUGGUCGUUUUCAUGAAUAGAGUGACCUUUCGCCAGUUAAAGUAGGUUAGACCGUUUAUUCAUUCAUAAAAAUAUGGACAACAUGUGUCAUGGUCUUAAGGGCAGCAGUUAAUUAUGAAUGAUUGUGGUGAGACAUAUGGAUGAUCUUUUUCUUCUCUCAUUAAGUCUGUUGAUUUUGAACAGAAGAUAAGGUAGUCUGGUUCUCCCUCUUGUAUCUGAGAAAGGGUUGAGCAGCUUUCUCCGGUCCAGCGGGUGAGCCCAGAAUGCCAGUUGUGCCAUUUGAAUGGCUGGGACAGAACAGCAGUGUCCACAGUCCUCUUUAUGACACCUCUCUCUUUAACCCCAGCUCAUGGGACAGGUGAGGUUGAUGUUAGAUAGGAAGGGAUAGGCUUGAUCUGCCAUGUCCAUUCACCAGGCACUGGUUUUGUCAUUCAUUAAACCAUUGAGACUCAAUAAACUUGUAAUUUCUCUAAA